AUGGUCGCCGCCCUUGCCUCCUCUGUCUUCCGUCGCCAAAAAGACACAUCCGAAACUAAAUUCACUCCCAUUUCUCAUGAAAAUACUAACGUUUCUCCAUCCAAUCCCUAUAAAUUAACGCAUGAGGACCGAGACUUUUCGAUUACUGGUCGUUCCGGGGAAAUCUGGAAUGGGAUCUCAGACGAGGAUGAACAAGACAAAGAGGAAGAAGAAGAGAAACUGUUGAAAUGGGAUUUCCCGACUCUGUUCACUGAAAAAUUCAGUGACCCAUCAUCGGAAAAGUUCUGUGCAUAUUCCAGCGAGAAAGUGGAGGAGGAAAAGGAUGGCGGGGACGUCGGUGACGAUGACUCGAUGGAAGCCACGUGGAAGGCGAUCAUGGAAAGGCAAGAGAAACAGACGCCGCAGCUGAAGAAGAGUCAGACAUGGGACUCCCCUCUGCCGGCUCGGUUAAUUAGAGCCGCCGUAAGAGAGGAGGAACCAGUGGCGUGGGAUCGGAAUGAAGUACGGAAGCCGGAGAAGUUCCAGCAAACGCUAUCGUUUAGGAGAAAGAUAUCGAUGACUUCGGAAGAACUGAAGAGCCGAGCAGAGGCUUUCAUAGAAAUGGUAAACCGAAGCAUACGGUUACAGCGGCAAGAAUCAGAGCAGCGAUUCUUGCAGGCAAUGAAACGUAGCUUUUAG